UGGUGGCGGUUGUUUCAACAUGGCGGCAGCGGCAGCAAAAAGUGGAAACUCGGGGAUAUUUUGGAUGAAUGGCGUGUCAGAUGAGGAACAGCCUUUAGUGUUUGUGCCUGGAGUGGAUGGAGAGGUAAAGAGUCACACCCCUUUCAGCUUGGGACCAGGCAGCACCAGUACAUCCAGUAACAGAGAUACCAAGAUGCGAGUCAGGCGUAGUUCUGACUGCAAGACAGAGACCACACUAAAGAAAGGUGGCAAGAAACUGAGCCACUUACAAAGUGAGCGCUCAGGGGUUUAUACCAAGGAAAAAGUGUCAGUCCAUCAUAGUGCUGCUGCAGCUACAGAGCACACCCUCUCACCAGCCUUGGGUACUUCUCUCCCCUCGACACAGGUUUUCCCUGAGACGAGCAGAGCUAAGAGCCAGGUCUGUUUGAAAGACCUCUGUCCUGAAGAUAAGCGCCGGAUUGCAAACCUCAUUGAAGAACUAGCCAGAGUGAGCGAGGAGAAAGAGGAGUCAGUACAGCGUCUGAAAGAUGAACAGGAAAAUUUUGAGUGCAAGAUCCAGCAGCUGGAGCAACAAAACCUGAUCAUUGUACAUGAGAGGGAGAGCCUGCAGCAGCAGUACAGAGAGUGCCAGGAGCUGCUCAGGCUCUACCAACAAUACCUUUCUCAGCAACAGGCGAAACUUAACCAGUCCAUCGCCCAGCUCAGCCAGGCACAAGCCCAUAGCAAGGUGCUCAGCAGUGAGGAAGCCCCCAGCAGAACUUCUGCUAGCAGAGCUAAUGGCUCAGGCUUUGAUGGCUCAUACCUCAGCCUCGCUGCUACUCGAGCACAACAGCCUCAAGUGCACAGGAGCGGUGGUGGAGGAAAGGCAGCAGUACAAACCCUAAGCAACUGUGCCUCUCAGUCCUGUGCAAGUGAAUUCAGUCCAACUGAUGGGUCGAUCAAACAGCAUAGGAGUCAGAAAAGGGGGAGUAGGGAGCCACACUCAGAGUCCCAUCACAGAUGUGAGCACUGCCAAGGCUGUGGUCAAGACAGUGGCUAUGGAACACAGCAACGGAAAAAUGUCUCUCCUCUUGAGGACGGCCACAACGACACCUUUAAUCCUAAAGAUUGGAAAAGGCUCCACAGCGGGAAUGCCACUGGCUCAGAGGCCAAGGAAGGCUUGACCAGGCCUCUGCUGGGUCACGAGGACUGGGAGGAAAAGAGGCACCAGCUGCUGCUGCAGAAGAUGCAGUUGGAAAUGGAGAGAGAGAGGCUGCAGGCACGGCUGGCUGAGCAGGAAGAGAGACUCAACAGACAGAAUCAGCAGCUAUGUCAGUCGCGUCUUGAUUACAGCAGGUUUCAGCAAGCUACUCAGUCUGAUCUCAGUAGGUCAAACACUAAAAAUGGAGAUCUCCCGCCGGAGGUUCCCUCCCACCAAGAUUUACCCCCCAGUGCGUGUGAAGAUGCAGAGGUACAUCCUGCAGGACAGAGCUUACAUAGAAAACACUCCCAAACUGUACCCACUCCUCUGGACAAUAACAAUGCGGACGCCUUAGAGCGGUCCAGAAAGGACAUGGCCACAUCUCCUGCUAAGUCCCCUGCAAGCCUGAGUAGGCCCAUCUCAUUGUCUGUGAUCCAGAAGUCUCCUGAGGCUAGGUUGGACUUUUCUUUGGUUGAGCUAUUGGAUGUCUUUAGUCCUGUCUCUGCAGCUGAGCCAAGCAAGCAGUCCACUCGAAGACCCAAAACAGUGCAACGCAGACUGGGCCUCCAUGCCCCCAAACCAGCGGGCAGAACCCUGCUCACCCCUGCUGGGUCUUAUCCUCAGAGCACCCAGCAGGACCUGGAAGAAAGCCAAAUACUGGAGGAUAUUUUCUUCAUUUGCUGACAAAGAAGAAAAUGGCUUUAUUCACCUGUGUGGUCUUGACUUUUCAAUAACAUUACAUUUUCAGUCACCGUUCUAAAUCAGAAUGAUCAUGAUGUUGUAGAUUGUACA